UACUUCCAACCUAUGUCAGCCAAUCAUAAGCAUUCACUCUCCUUUGCCGUUUUAUCUUUCCUUUCUUUCUUGGGAUUGCGUAUUGAAACUUAACCUUUUCCUAUGUAACACAACACAACACUCAUCUUACAAACAAGACUUUCUCUCUUCUCACUAUAUCCAAAAAUAUUCUCAGCCUCAGGCAAAAAUGGACACAGCAAAGUUCGAUAACAGAAGGACAACUGGGUCAGUUAAAGUAGCCGUAAAUUUAUAUGGAGAUAAGGCUCUUGAAGGUAGUCCCUCACUAAAGAAACCCCAGAUGGAUUUCUCAGAGAAGUCAUCUUUAGGAGCAAGAGAAGUCCAUAUAGCAAGAAGGGACAUUGGUAGAUACAAAGAGAGCAAGAAGGCUGCUGAGUUAGCAAGAGCUCAAGCGGAAUCUGAGCUCUCUAAUGCAAAGAAGACAGCGAAAGAUCUGUCUGUACUAACUGAUGAGUUGAACACAAAGGCAAAGGCACAGAUGCAAUACGUUGAGAUGCUAAAGAAAUCUGGAAGUUGUGAUGAAAAGGCAUUGGCUGGUAGGAACAUUGAGAGUUAUUAUCAGUAUGAAGAAGUGAUGAGAGAAUUGGAAUUUGUGAAACGGGAAUUGGGUAAGCUUAAGUUUGACAUGGCUUAUGUUUUGGAAGAGAAAUUGAGGAUGGCGAAGCAAGUUAAAGCCUCAAGUUCGAAAAUGUUGUCUUAUCUAAACUCUGUUGAAGCCCUUAAGAAGGAGAUUGGGGGUGCCAAUGAAGAACAAGUGCUUGUUGAGUUGGCACGGAUUGAGGCUUUGAAAGAGUUUGGAGAGAUAGAAGCUCAAAGAGUAAAGGAAGCCAUUGAAUUCUCAGAUGCGAUGGAGAAAACUAAGCAGAAGAUGAAGGAUAUUUUUGAAGAGAUUGACCAAUCGAAAGAGCUUGAAGCCAAAUUGACCUCGACAAUGUCUGAUGUUCAUGUGUUGCAAAAGGAGCUAAAGCUAGUGAAAGAAAGGAAAGCAAAGGUUCAGAGAAAUGAUAGCUUGAGCCGUGGCAGUUUUCAAAAAGGGAAAGAAUUAGGAACUUCACCUUCAUUGCAAUCAAUUACAGAAGAGUUGGAAGCAGCGAAAAAAGAAUUGGCUGUGGUCAGAGAAGAAGGCUUUCAGUUCAUGACCUCCAUGGAUAUUAUAAGAGAUGAACUAAAGCAUGUUACAAAAGAGACAGUUCAGUUGAAGAAAACAGAAGAAAAGACUGAUUUAACCGUUCAGAAUCUCAAUUCGAAGCUUCUCAGAGCCAAGUCCAAGUUGGAAGUUGUAUCUGCAGCUGAGGAAGAGGCUAAAUCAAUUUUGUCUAAUCUAUCCCUCACUCUUGAGCAGCUUAAGACAGAAGCAGAGGCUGCAAAGAAAGAAAAGGAGCUUAAUACAGCAGAAACUGCCACCAUUAAGGUAGACAUUCAAAAAACUGAGUCUGAGAUAGACUUGACUGAGGAAAGAUUACAGGCUGCCAUGGAAAAGCUCGAGGUGGUUAAAUCAUCAGAAUCUUUAGCUCUUGAGAAUUUGAGAACUCUUAUUGAGAAGACCAUGACAGCCAGGGCUUUGGCAACUCAGCAUAGUUCCAAGAUUACCAUUUCAAAGUUUGAAUAUGAGUAUUUAACUGGGCGUGCAGUUCAGGCUGAGGAAAUUGCUGAUAAAAAGGUUGCAGCUGCUGAUGCAUGGACUGAAGCUUUAAAGGCCAGUGAGAAGGAAAUAUUGAUGAAGACAGAAUUAGCUCAGAGAGAAAUCAAAGAGGUAAGGGUGGAGGAAGAACAAGAGUCCUAUAGAGCAAGGAGGUCACUCUCUGCAAAGCGAAUUGUUGAGGGAGAAUUACAAAACCGGAGACAGAAAUGUGAGAAGAAUCCAGAAGCUGAAAACUUGCAACUAGCAUUGCAUAGAAAAUCUAUGAAAAGUAAUGCCAGUUUUACUCCAUCCAGGCGAGCCAAGUUUCAGAAGUCUGCCUCACCAGCAGCUCGAAAGUCUGCCUCACCAGGCACACGGCAUCUUAAUUUGUUCACUAUUAAGAAGAAAAAGAAGGUAAUGCCUAAUCUAGCAAAGCUAAUUAUUGGCAAAAGAAAUGACAAGGAUCUGAGAGCUGCCUGAAGUUUGGUUGAGAUAUCAGCACCUGUAUUCAGUAGAUCACUAGGCAAGUGAGUCCAAUAAAUCAAACAAGGAAAAGAAUAGAAAAAACUGUGACAUACUUUAACAAAUCAGAGCUAAUAGUUCAAGUGAUGACUUCAUAGGGAAGUUCUUGUCUUUAACAUUUCAUACUUUCACUUUGCUUUACCUCAAAGGAAUGAAACUUUUUCUUGAGCGUGAGGGAUCCAUGUGUAAUAAUCAUGGCCUAGUUUGUCUGGCUCUAAUUUAUGUCAUUGUGGGUUGAUCAUUUUGAGGCAAUUUUUAUA